AUGGUUGGAAUCUCCCAAGGCAAUAUGCCUACCAACAACUUCAAUGCAGAAAGGGAAGUCCCAAUGUCUCAAAUGGACCAAUCCCACUACGUCCGAACACAAGAAUACACAUCUACCCCGCGAUAUCCACAGCACACCAGCUCUCCCGCGCUGGACAGCUUCUAUGGACUGCGCGGUUUGGAAGAAACCGACACAGUGAUUGUGGACUCGAAACAGCUAGACCGAUCAACCCACGAAUUCGCCGAAGGCGAGUUCGUCCCCGUGGACUUCUUCAACCGCGUCAAUCUAGGCGGGUUCACACGCCGCUUUAACGCCCUGCAAUGGAGCUACGAGAUGCGCCGGCAGGCACAGUCAGUGCUUCCUUUCUUGUCGCUUGGCCCGUCAGCAUGCUUAAGGGAUUUUGAUUACAUCCGCCGUGAGGGAUUUACGUUACUUCUGGCCAUUCGAAAUAAGCAUUCGGCGCAGGCACGCCUUGUUUCUGGUGACAAAGCUGCUGCUGAGGUGGGAAUCAUGGCGGAUACAAUUGAUGUUCUGGAUAAUCAAGAAUUGAUCUCUGCUUUUCCUCGCGCUAUUCGUCGGAUCAAUGAUCACCUUGCGGGAAUGGAUACAGACCCUACUUCUGUUGCUCAAGAUGACCAUCACAAGAGGAAGGUGUUGGUAUUCUGUGAAUCUGGGAAUGAACGUUCGGCUGGUGUUGUUAUUGCCUACAUUAUGGUCAUGCUGAAUUUUGAUGUCAAUGAGGCUGUUCAUAUGAUCCAGCAGCGUCGCUUUUGUUCUUCAAUCGAGGAUCCGAUGAGGCGAAUCCUCGAUGCGUUUGAUUCAAUUUUAUCUGCGAAGCGUGAUGUUGAAAAGUCUAAGCAUAGCGUUGCUCCGCGUGCAGCUGCUACUUUGGCGCCUCCAUCUCAGUCACAGGUUCUUACGAAGAAGAGAAGUUUCCAGGAACAACGAGACGAUGACAUUCCUUUUGAUGAAGGGGAGAUGGAAAUUGACGGGGAGGAGACUUUUUUCAUGGAGCGAAAACCGAGUGCUCCAUUUCAAGACCGUGUUGUGUGA